GUCAGCAUAAGAGUAAUCUUCUUUGUUCUUUCAUGCUGAAUGGAACCCAUGCGGUCCUAUUGUCAAGAUGUUCACCGGAAAAAUCCCUGUCUACAUUGAGGUUCCCCACUGCGACGACGAUGAGAGAGAUCUUCAAGGCUUAUGCGGAAGCGGGCCACAUGGCAGAGAAGAUCCCUGAUGCAGAGACGCUAGGGGAUUCCUUUGAUGCGAUUAUACACGCCGAUAAGUUGAACGACGGCUUCGAAAAGCGGAAAGUCGGUCUAGGGCGCUCCAUUUGUCCCGUGCGUGAUAUAAAGUCACAGAAUGUCUGGGAGGCGAUCCGUCAUAUAAGCGUGUGGCUAGAGAGUUGGGCUGCAAUACUCGAUUCGGGUGCUUUAUUAAGUUGGAGAACUGGCCUGUUAAACGGUAUGUGAGAACGUUUCGUGUUGAGGAGCCGUUCGAUAGUUUCUCGAUGAGCGUGGAUAUGGCUGGAGAGGCUUUGCAUUUUGUGGCGAUUGGGAUGAAGUCUUGGGAUGAUGAGAAGAAAUUGAGAGGGGAGAAGGAGUAUUCUAUGCUGGACUGUUGAUGGACUCGCCGAAUUGGAAUAUCGCCCGCUUUGUCUAUCGAUGAGAUAGUUCCAUUGUCGAUAAAGAUGCCAUCCUGUGGAAAUUGAUCGGUACUCCAUACAAUAAAAACAAUGCAAGGAUAACUCUAUAACAACGUAUCAAUUACCAAAACCACUUAACUGUCCACAAGCUGAACUUAUCAGCGCUGUCAAUUGCCAUCUAUAUCAACACCAUC